AUGUCAAGCGUCAAAGAGGAGUCAAAGCCGGUUGUCAGCAAAGCCGGCAAGAAGAGAGUACAUCGGCGACAACGAGCGAAAGAACAAAGAACGGCGGACAGCGAUAGAAGCAACGAUGAAGAUGAGUCUGCGCGAGAGACUGCUGCCGGAAAGAAGCGACGUCAAAAUCCAAUGUUACAAACGACAAAACGGGAAAAGAGCAAGACGACCAGAAAGAUUACUAACGACGCCAAGUCGCAAUUCAAGCGUGUACAGAAGCAAUUGGAUGGAGUAUUGAUGAAGGUAGACUAUAUAGCUGAUAUGCAGAAAAAGGGUGGCAAGAAUAUUUACCUUGUCAAAUGGGCAGGUUGUUCAUCUGAAGCGUCCACAUGGGUUUCUGGAAGACAGUUUAAAGCACCAGAAAAGCUUAAAUUUGCUCGAUUGAGGAAUGUCGCCCGCCGAGUGAUAAAGAAGCUCCUCAAUAAGCAAAAAGAGUCAGUU